AUGGCUACCUACAUAUCUAACAAAAAUACACGUCAAAAACGGCUGCGUUUGCGUCUAAGAACAAACCCUAAUCUGGUGUCUGAUUGGCCACCGGAGUUAGAAUCAGAGAUGGCGACGGCGGAGGAAAUCAACUAUGAUUCACUUCCCAGUCUUCCUAUCGAUCUGGUCGGUGAAAUAUUCUGCAGGCUACCUGUGAAACUCCUCCUACAGCUCCGAUGCAUGUGCAAGUCAUGGAAUUCUCUAAUAUCCGAUCGCAAUUUCACCAGAAAGCACCUUAGCCUCUCAACCACUCGCCGCCUCCAUUACGCCUGCUACCAAUAUGAACCACACGAGUUAUUUCACAAUUCUUACCCACUCGAAUCGGUUUUAACCAAUAUACCCAUUAAAUUCAAAGACCGUCGCGUUGUUUUCAACAGUAUCGUUGGUUCCUGUGACGGCAUCGUUUGUCUUGCCGAUAGAUCUAAAGGUUUAGUUAAAUUCAAAGACCGUCGCGUUGUUGUCAACAGUAUCGUUGGUUCCUGUGACGGCAUCCUUUGUCUUGCCAAUAGAUCUAAACGUUUAGUUAUAUUGUGGAAUCCUUGUUUUAAAAAGUUCAAGGAGUCUCCCCCUUUUGAAAACAGUCUUAUCAAGGUUUAUUCGGCCUUCGGCUUCGGCUACGAUCACGUUUCUGAGAAUUACAAAGUGGUUGUUCUUUACUACUCCGAACCUAACUUGUUUAACAAAACUAAAGUAAAAGUUCAUACUUUAGGCACCAAUUGUUGGAAAACAAUUGAGAGCUUUCCUUUUGGUACUGUCUGUAAUGAGCAAACUGCAAUAUACUUAAGAGGUACACUUAAUUGGAUUGUCUAUACUAGGCGGGUUCGAUUAGGUCCCUGCUUCAUUCUGUCUUUUGAUUUGGGAAAGGAGUCUUAUCAGAAGCUUUUGCCUCCUCCUGGUCAUGCACGGAUCGGUCUGAGUUUGUGUGUCUUGAGGGACUGCUUGUGCUCAAUUUUUGAUAACCAUAUUUGGGUCAUGAAGGAAUAUGGAAUUUAUGAUUCCUGGACUAAAUUGUUGUCGGUUUCAUACAUGCAAGAUCGUAGUUGUGUAUUGUUCAAUGCAUUGUAUAUUUUUGAUGAUGACCGAGUGCUUCUGGAAACUGAAGAGGAUGAGAAAACAAAGGUGGUUGUUUACGAUCCAAAGAAUGAUACUUUUAAGGUUGCUUUGUUUAAAAACUGCCUAUACGCCUGUCUUGAAAGUUUGAUAUCACCUUGUUCUGAGUGUUAG